CGAAUUUCCAAUCCGGACAGACUGACCAAUGCUCACGCAAGCUCCCUCGUCUUCGUGGAAAUUCCCGACCUGGCCUUUCCCUGCUCUACCCGUUCAGGUUGCGCCACCCAGAUUUCGGAUCUAUCAGUUGUCGUUUGUUAUCGUACGUGCAAGAUGAGGAGAUGGAGCUGGAUGGGAGGCAGGAUGUUUGUGGUCACGGCUACUGAAGGAAGCCUGCAGCUGCAUGGAUGCAGCUCCUUGCAGAGGACGAGUGUCAUCUACAGGACCCCCAGUGCAAGAUGAAAAGAUGGAGCUGGAUCGGAGGGAGGACGCAUGUGGUCAGCUGCUACUGAGGGAAGCCCGUGGCUGCAUGGAUGCAGCUGAGGACAGAAGAGGUUAUAUUCUCCCCAAUGGAUCGAUUUCGAUUGCAGACGAGACCGACAGGUGUGAUUCGCCUUAGAAUUGGAGUCAUCCUCAAAGACUUCGCCAAAUAUGGAUUAUGUUUGUCAUAAGGAUC